CGCACAAUAUUAUCAGAAAUCAAGCAUAAGUUUUAUUAUGAAAACUUCAUUUAUUUACUUUGGAUUAACUCUGUGUUAUCUUAGUUUUCCGUCACCUACGCAUGGCAAAGUGUACUCGACAUGUUUAGAUGGCUGGAUGCCAUUCAACGGCUCAUGCUAUUUGUUUGCCCAUGGUGACGCGAAGUUAACUUUCACCGGAGCAGAGCAUUUUUGUCGCCAGCAUAGCAAUUCGCAUCUUGUUCACGUCAACGAUGCCCUUGAGAAUGACUUCAUCAAAGACCAUCUCAGAGACCUGAAACCAAAUCACUGGUGGAUUGGAAUCACUGAUGAAGAUAUUGAAGGCGUUUGGAAAUGGUUUGAUACAGACAAUGUCGCUUCAUUCACAGACUGGCAGCCAAAUGAUCACUCACAUAAUGACGAGGACUGUGCCAUAUUCGUCUCUGUAUACGACUUCAAGUGGGCAGACACACCCUGUAACACGCCGAACACGGUGUUUCCUCCGAUAUGCGAGACUUCUUCCCGUUCGUGUGAGGAAGCGGUUGUUGUUGGAUGAAUGAUGACAUUUGACUGUCAAGUCGUAACGAAAUAAAACGAUUUGAGAUAUUA